GCCCCGCCCGCCGCGCUCUCUCUUCGCUGAGACUUGCUUCCCCCCACUCUCUCUGGAAGCCAGGACGACAUGAGCACCCCCAUCACCCAGGAGCUGUUAGACAGCCAUGGCGUGGAGCGCAGGCACUCGCGCUCCAGCGGCAGCGACUCGCUCGCAAAGGUCGACCCCACCAACACGGAGGUGCGCGUAAACGACCCGGAGAAGGGCACGCACCACUCCGCCGCGCCCGAGGACGAGGAGGACGUCUCCGCACUCACUCGCCUCUACCGCCGCUUCCGUCCCUUCGUCCUCAUCGCCCUCGCCGCCGUCAUCCUCGGCUGGUGGGUGAGCUCGACCGUCCUCACGGCCACUCGGCAUCGAUGGAUCGUCCAGACCAUUUGGGCCUGGUUUUUCCUCGCCGUCAUCGCCUUCCGGUUUAUCCCCUCCACGGUUGUCUCGCGCCCCAUUGCUGCCGCAUGGGUUCCCUGCGUGCAGACGCCGUUCUUCAAGCUCCCGUACGCCGUCCGCCUGACCAUGGGAUGGCUCGCUCUCCUCGGCAUCAUCUUCGGCUCGGCCUUCGGGUUCCCGCUCACCGGUAACACCGGCUACGGUGAUCGCGCGAUCUCCGUCCUCGGCCUGUUCGUGUUCCAGUUCUUCUUCUGGGCCACCUCCAAGCACCGCAGCCACAUCCCUUGGCCCACCGUUAUCGUCGGCCUUUUUACGCAGCAGGCUAUCGCCAUGUUUGUCCUCAAGUCUGGCGCCGGUUUCUCGAUCUUCAAGUGGAUCGCGUUCCUCGCGGCAGACUUCCUUGAGCAAGCACUGGCUGGCGCGGAGUUCUUCUUCGAUGCAGAAACCAUCACCAAGCAUUGGUUCUUCGUAAACACGCUGUCCUCUAUCAUCUUCUUCAUCGCCUUCGUGCAGAUGAUGUACUACCUCGGCGUCAUGCAGUGGCUCAUCCAGGGCUUCGCGUGGUUCUUCUUCAAGAUCAUGAACGUCUCUGGUGCCGAGGCUGUCGUCGCAGCUGCCUCGCCGUUCAUCGGCCAGGGUGAAUCUGCAUGUCUCGUCAAGCCCUACGUUGACUACAUGACCGAGUCCGAGCUCCAUCUGACGAUGACCUCUGGUUUCUCCACCAUCGCCGGUUCCGUGCUCAGCGCCUACAUCGGUCUCGGUGUCCCGCCGCAGAACCUGGUCACCGCGUCAGUCAUGAGUAUCCCCGCGUCCAUUGCCAUCAGUAAGAUGCGCAUUCCCGAAAUGGACGAGCCCGUCACCCGUGGCCACGUUACCGUGGACCGCGGAGACGCAGACAAGAACAAGCCCGCCAACGCGCUGCACGCAUUCAGCAAGGGCGCGCUCUUCGGUCUCAUCGUCGCCGGCCAGAUCUUGACGAACGUGUUAACGGUCGUGUCACUCGUCGCAACGAUUAACGGGCUGCUCACCUGGAUCGGCCGUGGCUUCGGCUUCCACGCGCUCACCCUGCAGCUCAUCCUCCGCUACAUCUUCUACCCCGUCACCUUCUUCAUCGGCGUGCCCCGCAACGAGAUCCUGCGCGUCGCAGAGCUGCUCGCGACCAAGCUCGUCGCAAACGAGUUCGUCGGCUACCUGAACCUGCAGGCGAUCAUGGCGAGCGAGAACCCGCUGUCGGAGCGCGCGUACACGAUCGCGUCGUACGCGCUGUGCGGGUUCGCGAACCUGGGCUCGCUCGGCAUCCAGAUCGGCGUGCUGUCCGCGCUCGCGCCCUCGCGUGCGCGCAUCAUCGCGCGCAUCGCCGCGUCCGCGAUGGUCUGUGGCUUCAUCUCGACGCUGCAGGCUGCGGGCAUCGCGGGCAUGCUGGUAUAACCGGCCUCUGCCGCGAUCUCUCCUUUCUCCACCGGGGCUCUGUACGAUGUGGAAUUUGUAAUGCUGUGGGGAGGCGGGUGCUCGAUCGAGCACGUCGCGUGGCGUGGAUGUUGUGUUUAUUGCUAUGUUUGAGAUCUUGGGGACACAGUGGGUGGGAAAGUAACCUAUCACGUUUUGUAACUGCACAUGUACGUAGCACGUCAGAAUAUUAAUUAGGCACUGUACCCUCC